AUGGGGGGAGUACGGCUCCUCGUGGUCUUCUUCCUGGUCUGCGCUGUGGUCUGCUCGGCGAGCCGCGCAGUGUCUGUUCCGGGUAAAGCUCCCAGCUCCGCCACCGGGGCCGCCGCCGCUCCUUCCGCCGGUGGCCGGCAGCCAUUUUCACAGCGGAGACGGCGGGUGGUGUAGGAGGAGACACGUCGCCUUCAUUUCCUCGGUCCUCCCCUGUUUCAUUCACCUGACGCGGUAGUUUUGGCGCAGGUAGCGGUGGCCCGGCGGCGGUGGAAGGGAGGACCAACGACGGAACCGAUGACUACGCUGAUCCGUCGGCUAACAGACGGCACGACCCCCACAUCGGCGGCGGCGGCGGUGGCAGCGGCGGCGGUGACGACAGCGGCGGCGGCGGCGGAGGGAGCGGAGGCGACGGCGGCGGCGGUGACGACAGCGGCGGCGGAGGCGGCGGAGGCGACGGCGGCGGCGGCGGCGGCGGAGGCGACGGCGGCGGCGGCGGCGGCGGCGGCGGCGGCGACCAUGGAAUCGGCACCCCUCAGCAACGCUGAGAGCUCCCUCUUAAAUUCUAACCCACCUAGGAGAGUUCCAGGCCACAUUUACGCUCCUAAAUAAAAUCCCGUUUCUGGGUAUCAUCUCUCUCUUUCUAUCUCUUAGAUUUUGAGCCGGAAUGGGCUUCGUACCCGGUCCAAACCAAGUUUAGAGCCUAUCUUGGAGACCGCUCUUGGGUUUGAUCGAGUUUCUUAUUUUCUACUUCGACGAAGAUAAUUUAUUAUAAUUAGUUAAAAUUACUAUUGGAAAAUAAUUUUAUUGUGCUUUAAUCUUUUGCAUUAAGAUCAAUAUAUUGUAUUAUGAGUAGAAAAUACCCGAAUACAUAAUUUUAUAUAAUACAAGAAACAUAUUUAAUAUCGUGAAUUGACUUCUAAUUAGGGGGUAUCUAAGUGAUUGGGUCGUCAACGAGAGAUAAGCCUAUGGAGGACACGGGAUUAUUGAGUCUUGUUCAUGUCGCCGUGGUCACUAG